AUGGAGAGCAGCGACCGGGACAUGUACCGCCAGUUUCAAGACUGGUGCCUCAGGACUUACGGGGACUCAGGAAAAACCAAGACGGUGACCCGUAAAAAAUACGACCGGAUCGUCCAGCUCCUGAACGGCUCCGAGUCGAGCUCCACGGAUAAUGCCAAAUUCAAAUUCUGGGUCAAAUCUAAAGGCUUCCAGCUCGGCAACUCGGACGAGGUCAGUGGUGGUGCUGGAGGAGGGAAGCAAGUGCUGUACGUGCCAGUCAAAACCACGGAUGGAGUAGGUGUAGAUGAGAAGCUGUCUUUACGGCGGGUAGCCGUCGUAGAAGAUUUCUUUGACAUUAUCUAUUCCAUGCAUGUUGAAACUGGGCCUAAUGGAGAACAAAUCAGAAAACAUGCUGGACAAAAGAGAACAUAUAAAGCUAUUUCAGAGACCUAUGCCUUCCUACCGAGAGAAGCGGUGACACGGUUUCUAAUGAGCUGCUCAGAGUGCCAGAAAAGAAUGCAUUUGAACCCAGAUGGAGCGGAUCAUAAAGAUAAUGGAAAACCUCCAACUUUAGUGACCAGUAUGAUUGAUUACAACAUGCCAAUUACUAUGGCUUAUAUGAAACACAUGAAGCUGCAGCUGCUAAAUUCACAGCAAGAUGAGGAUGAAAGCUCUAUAGAAAGUGAUGAGUUUGAUAUGAGUGACUCCACUAGGAUGUCAGCUGUAAACUCUGACCUCAGCUCCAAUCUGGAGGAGAGAAUGCAAAGUCCCCAGAACCUCCAAGGCCAGCAGGAUGAUGAUUCAGCCGCAGAGAGUUUUAAUGGCAAUGAAACCGUGGGACACAGUUCCAAUGCUUCAGGGGGAACACACUGCAGGGAGAUGGCAGAAACCAACAGUAAUGGCAAAACAAAUCUGGAGCAGGAUGAGCAGCCUCUGAACCUGAGUGACAGUCCCCUCUCUGCUCAGCUGACUUCAGAAUACAGACUAGAUGAUCACAGCAGUAAUGGAAAGAACAAAUACAAGACUCUUCUAAUUUCUGAUCUCAAGAUGGAACGGGAGGCAAGAGAAAAUGGAAGCAAGUCACCUGCACAUAGCUAUUCAAGCUAUGACUCUGGCAAGAAUGAGAGUGUAGGCAGAGGUGCUGAAGAUCUGUCUCUCAAUCGAGGAGAUGAGGAUGAGGAUGACCAUGAUGAGCAGGAAGAUCCUGAGAAGGUUAAUGAAUCAGAUGGGGUAGAAGCUGAACGACUGAAAGCUUUUAAUAUGUUUGUCAGGCUGUUUGUAGAUGAAAACUUGGACCGAAUGGUCCCAAUCUCUAAGCAGCCCAAAGAAAAGAUCCAGGCUAUCAUUGACUCAUGCAGGCGACAAUUCCCUGAGUAUCAAGAGCGUGCCAGAAAACGCAUACGUACUUACCUCAAGUCCUGCAGGCGGAUGAAAAGAAGUGGUUUUGAGAUGUCACGACCUAUUCCCUCACACCUUACUUCAGCAGUUGCAGAGAGUAUCCUGGCUUCCGCCUGUGAGAGUGAAAGCAGAAAUGCUGCCAAAAGGAUGCGGCUGGAUAGACAGCAGGAUGAGGCUGCUCCAGCUGACAAGCAGUACAAACCAGAGCCAGCCCAGGUCACUUACUCAACAUCAGCUGUUUCCAGCACGCAGGAGGUGUUGUACAUCAAUGGCAAUGGGACCUACAGUUACCAUAGUUACAGAGGGCUCGGAGGUGGGCUGCUAAAUCUCAAUGAUGGUUCUAGCAGUGAUCUGCAGCCUACCUCCACCACAGCCUCAACUCAGCACUGCAUCCCAGGCACCACAAACGUCCAGUCCCCUUCCAGCUCAGGUCCAACAGAUCUCAGUAUGAAGAGGCAGUUAGCAACCAGCUCUGGAUCCUCCAGUAGUUCCAGCUCUAGACCCCAGCUGAGUCCCACUGAAAUAAACGCGGUGAGGCAGCUUGUGGCAGGGUACCGAGAAUCAGCUGCGUUCUUGUUGCGUUCUGCAGAUGAACUGGAAAACCUUAUUCUGCAGCAGAACUGA